AUGAUUUAUAAUACAAUUCAGUUUGUAAUUCUUCUUUUAGUAGAUCUUGAAUUCUUAAUUGAAUCUAAUGAUGAUAAAGAAAUUGAGUUGGAAAAACUUAUUAAACAAUGCCAAAAUUUAAAAAAUCCAGAAAAAUUCAAAUCAAUAACUAGUAUUUCUAUAUAUAAAUUUAUUAAAAUUGAUAACAAAUAUAUAAUAAAUAACAUUCCCAAAAUUGAAGAUAUUAUAAUAAAAAUGCAAGAAAAUAAUAAUGAGAAAGAAUCCAAAAAGCCAAUUAAAUUUGUUACAACUGUCCAAGCUAUUGCUAGAGUAAAUUCAAUCUUAGACUAUAUUAAACAGCCUAAUACAAAUAUUGAAAUUGAUAUUAAACUAUUUGCUAAACUCAAAUGA